AUGUCUGGGUAUUUUGUGUUGUUUGAUUCAUUAUUGUUCAUCAGCUUGGAGAUAGAGGUGGAGGAAGCUGCAGGAGAAAGAAGCCCUCUUUGGGAUGGGCAUGAGGGAAGAGCGAGAGACAUGACAUGGCACAAUGAUACGGAAGAAGCCCGGAGAGCCAUCCAAACAGUCCCUUGUUCUUCAUCGUCAGAAAACCCUCUAACAUGCGCAAGAGCCGGAGAAAAACGUACCAUAACUUGCCCUUCAUGUGGCCACACCAUAGAAUUGCAAGAUCAGACGGGAAUUCAAGAUUUGCCUGGUUUGCCGGCUGGAGUGAAAUUUGAUCCCUCUGACCAAGAAAUCCUUGAGCAUUUGGAGGCCAAAGUGUCGCCGGAUGCCGGCAAACUUCAUCCACUAAUAGACGAGUUUAUUCCAACGCUUGAAGGGGAAAAUGGGAUUUGUUACACACACCCAGAGAGGCUACCAGGUGUAAGCAAAGAUGGCCUAAUCCGCCACUUCUUCCACCGGCCUUCAAAGGCGUACACAACAGGGACUAGAAAGCGGAGAAAGGUUCACACCGAUGAAGAGGGAGGCGAAACACGGUGGCAUAAAACAGGAAAAACAAGGCCAGUCGUUGUUGGUGGGGCAGUGAAAGGGUUCAAAAAGAUAUUGGUUCUCUACACCAACUAUGGCCGGCAAAGGAAGCCGGAGAAGACCAACUGGGUGAUGCACCAGUACCAUCUCGGCAACAAUGAGGAAGAGAAAGAUGGAGAGUUGGUGGUCUCAAAGGUGUUCUACCAAACGCAGCCUAGGCAAUGCAAUUCAAGUGGUAAGGAUUCAUCGAGGAGCCAAAGUGGAUUUGAAAGUCCUCUAAUAAGGAACACAGCUAACUACAUGGAUUACUAUAAUCCUUCGUUGAUCUCUUACCAAGGUCCAUCCCAAAUAAUCCCUAAUCUGGUUUUCCAAGGUGAUGGGUCUUCAUUUCUUCAUCAUCUACCCACAACUGCAAGCAAGGGAAAAGUGCUUGAGAGGAAAUAG